GCGCGCGAUUCGGAAGCCGGUUGAGCCGUUCCACUGGUGGCGCCCCUCCCCCGGCCGGUCUGCGCGCCAUGGCCCUGGCGUUGCCCGAGCCGCGCUGGCCGGAGCGGCUGUCGCCGCUGAAGGCAGUGGACGACUUGCUGCGUUGUGGGAUAUGCUUCGAGUACUUCAAUAUUGCAAUGAUCAUCCCACAAUGUUCACACAACUAUUGUUCCCUUUGCAUACGCAAAUUUCUGUCCUAUAAAACUCAGUGUCCCACGUGCCGUGUGGCAGUCACAGAACCUGAACUGAAAAAUAACCGGCUCUUGGAUGACCUGGUAAAAAGCUUCAAUUCAGCAAGGCAACAGCUGUUCCAGUUGGUUUUGGAUUCUCCACCAGUUUCUCCUCCAACGACCCAUGGCAAACUUUCUAUUGGCACAAGUCAUGCUGUAGGGUUCAUGGUUUCUUCAUCUUUAAAGCAAGAUAAGCAACUUAUCGACAGUUUUUGGAGGAAAGAAAGCACUCAGACUGCGAAAUCUGUUGUUGAUGAAGCAGAAUAUAAAGAUUCCAAAAUUAAGCAGGAAAAGGAUAGUAGUUUUAUUAGCACUGGAGAGAAUCACAGAAUCAGUGCAACAGAGGCAACAAAGACUCCUGAAUGCAGUAGGAAUCCUGAGAAACCUUCUACAUCUUCAAUGAAAGUAGUUACAAAAGUGGAUUGUCCUGUUUGCGGGGUUGCUAUUCCAGAGCAGUUUAUAAACAAACAUCUAGAUAGUUGUUUGACAAGGGAUGAGAAGAAGGACAGCCUAAGAAGUUCUGGUCACAAAAGGAAACCCUUGUCUAAAGUUGUUUACAACUUACUUUCUGAUCGGGAUUUGAAGAAGAAGUUAAAGGAACAUGGGCUGUCUAUCCAAGGAACCAGGCGACAGCUUGUUAAACGGCAUCAGGAAUUUGUGCAUGUGUACAAUGCUCAAUGUGAUUCUUUAAAUCCUAAAUCAGUGGCAGAAAUAAUUAAAGAACUUGAAAACAAUGAGAAGAUUCGGGCUCAACUUGAAUUUAGUAAAACCAGUGAAAAUAGCAUGACUUUUACAAAGGACCAGACAGAAAAGGAAAUAGAUGAGAUUCACUCCUGUUAUCGAAACAAACACAAAAAUGAAUUUCAGCUUUUAGUGGAUCAAGUCAGUAACCGAUGGAAGAAAGCUUGUAAAAGGGAAAUAGAGACCACACAGGAUACAGAGAACAUAACUGCUGAUGAAGAGCCAGCAGGUACAGGGGAAGAAAAUUUUAAAAAAGAAUGUACAGCUUUGAUUUGUGCAGUGGACCAGCUACCCAAAACAGAAACUUCUCAUUGUGAGAGAAUCGAGUUUCAUAAUUUGGCUGAAGACCAGCGAUCCCUUUCUCCUGCCUUCUCACAAUCAUCAGGAUCAACAAGCAGCUCAAGCUCAGACAUUUUGAGAGAUCCACAAGAGGUUGGGAUGUGUUCAGAGUCAUCAGAUAACAGCAGUUUUCCAGAUGUUAAAGUUAACAAAGGAAAAUCACGUCGCCCCCAAACUCCAGAAAGCAGUCAAGUACUUCCCAGAAGUAAGCGGAGGAAGAAUUAGUAGUAUGGUCAUCUGAUUUAUAAGCCUGGGCAGACAUGUGGAUCUAUCAGUUUCUAUACAGAUUAUCUUUUCCAGCAUAUUUGAAUUUAAGAGCUUAAUUUACACACUUGCAUUUUUAAAACUGGGUACCUGAAUUACUUUGCUUUACUUCUCUCACUAAAUGCUUGUUUACAAUACCAAAAACUAUUCAGCUUUAAGAAUGGAUGCAUAAUCUUGGUAUCUUACUGUAUUAACUAUUCUCCCUGUAUUUUUACCAUAACAUCAUUUAUUGUUUUCUAUUACUUUUUUCUUUAGUGCCAGAUUCUGAUAGCCAUUUUCCAGUUGAAUUUCAGUUCUCACCCUAAAUUGCCUUAAUACAUUUACUACUUGUUAGGGAGUGAGAUGUUACUCAGAGGUCUGGACUUGCAAUCAUUUCUGAGGUGUUGCUUCAGGGGCAGAGAAAGGGCGAAACUGCCUCAGUCACAACUGGGUCUCUCUUACCACUUCUUCCUCGUAUUGCAGAAGGGGAGCGCUGUCAUCCUGGUCUUCUAAAUAUGCUGGCUCAGCCUGGCACAUAAUGACAAGCACAAGCAAGGAUCUGUCCACUGGUGCAUCAGCUGGCAACAGCAAUCAGAUAAUGGCUCCAUUUCUCUCUGUGACCCAUGAUGCAUGGCAGCCAAUAAAGGGCUACGUAAGGUAGUUUGUAGUUGAGAGCAGCAUGAAUAAAAGAAUCAGAAUCUGGUCCCUACCCAUGGACUCACCCAUACAUAACUAAAUAAAUGAAUAAAUAAAUAAUAGCAGCCUGCAUUUUGAAUGUAUACUUUUCUUAAGAACAAAUUCAGCAUGCCAUCCAGAGUCAGAUAACUUACAUUAAUUCAGUAACCCUCUUCUUUUUUCUAUUUUCAGCACUUGAUUUAAGAGUUACACAGCUGUUGGGCUCUAUUUGCCAUUGAUACAAUAAAAAACCUUUUGCCUUUUUGAAGUCAUGGCAGAUUGGCUUUAGCUAUUUGGCUGGUUUGGAAUAAUUUGGUUUCACAGGUGAAAUAAAUAUUUCAAACCGUUUCAGUCUUCAAGGACCGGGCUGCUGGGGAGAUAUAUUUGUACAGCUAUUCUUACUCUGUACAACCUUCUUUCAGUUUAAUCAUUAAGUUUAAAUAGGACAUUUCAGGUUUAUCUGGUUUUAACUGUUUUAGCUUUAAAAUCAAUAUAAAUAUAUAUAAGCCUGUAAAGUUAGAAGUUUUCCCUAAUUUAAAGCAAUACAAGACUUUAAACAAAAGGGGGCUCUUCCUUUAAAUAGAGUGCAAGCUCUUUGUGUAUUGAAAUAGGAUCAUAUUUACUUUAUUUAAAACAACAAAAAUGCAACACUGGUCAUAGCCUUUUUUCAUGACAAAUAAAAUUACAAACCAUGGUGAAAUUGAGAGGUCUGUGAUUGUUUUUUUUACCAGUUUAAACUACAGUGUUAGGGACUAAUCUUGUAAUUGAUUGUCAGAGAUACGUUGCCUACCAAGCAUAUUUCCAUUCAACUUUAUGUUCCUAGCAUAAUGAGCUGAUCUGUAACUCAUGUAAACUGUCAUAGCUCCAGUGAAGUCAGUAACAUACAUGCAUAGGAAAAAUAAGAGAUUGGAUGGAAGUUUUUUAAUUAAAGUAAAAACUUCCAGAGAAGAUAGGUUCUAACUUCAGUUAAUAGCUCAUUGUGUUAUGGUUCAUGGCAAUGAAGAACAGCAAGAUUUAAAUCUUGUACAAUUAUCUGAAGAACAAUACAGAGUGUGUGUGUGUGUGUGUGUGUGUGUGUGUGUGUGUGUAAAAUGGUCAGUAUUUCUUGACUUCAGUACAGCUAGAUCAGUAUAUACCAAUUAAUGGUCACCCCCCACUGUGUUUCAGAACCAGGCUUAUGUUUUUAUUAUCCUGUUUUUACAGUGUAUUGGAGUUACUAGGAUUUUUUUCUUUUUAAAGAGUCCAAAUUUACUCACUGUCAGGCAGGGACAAUUGAUAUCAAGUGAAAUAUAAUUUAUACUAGGCAGUGUAUAAAACAGAAUCUGAAGUCCAAAGACAGGUAUGAAAAUAUCUUUAAUAAAAUUUUAAGAGUAACAUUUCUGGGCCUUUUGUACAUGGCUCAGUUUCUCUGUUAUCCAUUGUACUCACAUGAGGCCCUGAAUCUGAUGAAAUGUUGAAGGGUAUUAUAGACUCAGUUAAGUUGUGAACAUCUUUGACUUGUUACCAUUGGCUCAAGAGGCUAUAGUUUAACAUGAGAAGAUUGCCAGCUUGCUUUUAAAGUCAUGAAUAUGCAGUUUUAAACAUAACAACAUAAACGAAAAAAUAGUUUAUAAAAGUACUGCAUCUUGGCAGGGUUGGAUUUCUUAAAUUUCUAUCUUGCGGUGCAUUCCCCUAAUGCUUUGGAUAAUUCUGUUACACUGGACGUUAACUGAAGAGGUUGCAGAUGGUUUUGGAAGCAACUUAUUCUGAAACAGUGACUUGUGUAAAAAUAUCAUAUUUUGUA